AUGCGUGUCAUGCACAGAUGGCUGUGGUGGCUGUGCGCCGCGACUGCGCAGCUUAUACAAAAUGUGCCACGGACUGUUCACACGCGUGUGGGCAUUAUGAACGAGUCGCCAACUCCAGGGCCAUGGGUUGUGUACGAACUGCGAUUGUAUUAUUCGGCAAACUGCGACGAAGCUAGCCGGAUAGUCCCAUUUUUCGCUGACGUUUACCAUUCAGGAACGCAUCGAGAAACCGAAUUCGAGACGAUAGGGUCCAACGUGUUUGAUGGAGCUCCCUGGACCAACUGGACAUCAGAUUGUCGGGUGAAUGCAGGCGGCUGUGAUGCCAGGACAGUGGGCGUGGGAGUCGACAUCUCCUCAUCUGGUGGCUAUGAAGCUGCAGCCUUGAGAAAGGAUGAUUUAUGGAACGUGACCGGCCCGUUGUUCGAUGCGAUCACGGUCAAAUGUUUCAUGAUAUGGCAGAGCAAAGACCCAAGGUACAAAUGCAAUGACAUUGCAAUUGUUAGAGGGUAUCCGGAUCGCAACUCCCACAUUUACGAAAGUGUUCAAGUGUUCCAUGGCGUCAGUGGUGGAGACUGGGCCAGGCGUCCGGCAACCCUAAACACCAUGUGGCGCAUGACUAACCUGGAGGUCACCAUUGGCACAUGGAGUCUUGCUGAGCUACGGUUCUAUGAGGAUGAUCUGUGCACUUUUCCCUUGGAUGGAGAAGCUUUUUCCAUAGGGAGCGAUUUCCCCCUGACAGAGAGCGAUGUCAAUGCCUUCGAUAACAACAUCACCAGUGUUUGGACGGCUAAAUGCGAUGAUGUACCUGGAUCCAGGGCAGCGGAGAUCUGGGGGGAUGGCUUUCGUUUCUACGGCUGUGAACCUGAUCAGGGCUACAUAGGUGUGGAAUACCAGGAACAUGUCAAUGUGAGAUGUGUUCGCUUUUUCCAGAAAGCUCCUCGGGAUAUCUCACAGAGAGAACAGAGGCGAUCUUGGUCGGGAGGUUUUUCGUUGCAGCGAUGGGCUGGAGAAGAAUGGAUAGUCACCGAGCAGUUCUGGGAUCCUAACUACACCUCGUAUGGAGGCUUCGCUCCCACGAUUGCAGGACCAUUUUUGGGGAAUGCCCCGGGCGUCUGGGAAGAUCUGAGGCCUCCGUCGUAUUCUUGCUGGCGCUUGAGAAACGACGACACCAUGCGUGGUCAGUGGAACGUCUUGGAACUGGAGUUUUCGGUUGAUCGGUUUUGUGAGGACCUGCCGGAUGGGAAGCUCAAAGGUUUCCCACUUGCGAUGCAAGGCCCACGGAAUUUUGCGAAUCGCUACGCCUUCGAUGGAGACCUCCGACAAGAUCAAACCUGGAGAUCAAGCUGUACGCGGGGUCCCCGUGGCGAGUCCUGCAUUCCCGGCGAAGCAUGGCUUGGAUUGUACAUGCGUGGCUCACAGCCCGACGUCAAGUGCUUUCGAAUUCUGCAGUCGAAAGAGAUCGAGGAGCAGUCUGCCUUUGUUACUCUAGACAUGUAUGUCGAUGGAAACUGGCAGUUACACAGCUUCCAAAGGGAGAUAGGAGGUGGCACAUGGAAUCGACGACCAGCCCCUCCCUUCACGCUUUGGCGCAUCCGGAACAACCAGGUGAUAGAAGGGCUGUGGCGCAUUCCUGAAAUUCAUGCAUAUCGCGACCCACUUUGCAUUGUGGAAAUGACGCCAGGCAAUCCGAUUGCUUCGGGCUAUGUCGGAACAGAAGCACCCUCGCUGGCUAUGGAUGGCGAUGCCAAGACCCUUUGGACAGCUUGUACACAUUGCAACGAGACGCGGAAGUAUUUUAUUGGAGUGGAGCUCCCUGCGAACGCCGAGGAAGCUGAAUCCGAGCAGUUCUUCAUUCGAUGUUUCAAAGUCUGGCAAAGCGAGCAAAUUCACGAGCAGAUGGUUAGCGUGCAGGUCCAGAUCUGGAAUGGAGAGAUCUACCUCAUGUCGCCGAUAACCCAGACUGGUUCACUCCACGACCUAGGUGGCGGCGUGUGGUCCAGACCGGCGGCUAGCUUCAUGACUAGGUGGAGGCUAGUGCCGACUGCAGCAGAGGAUCGCGACUGGCGCUUGCUUGAGCUCGAGCUCUAUGCUGAUUCCGAGUGUACCCGGCGACUUCCUAGGGCAGGUCUAGGCGGUGGUGGCACAACAGUCUUGGCUUCAAGCUACAGACCCUUUGUGACCGGCUUUCGACGAUCCGAGCAAGACAAGCUCUGGUCGGAGGCCGAGUUGGUCACGGAUGGCGAUACGACCACCGGCCUCCUGCUGAACCAUAUGCCACGCUCCGCCUCCCGCUCCGCCUAUGUCGGCGUCGACUUCUUGUCAGGCUCCAUUUGGGUCAGGUGCGUGAAAUUGAUGCAGGGCUCCACGCCCUUGGAGAGUGUGUCCUCCCUGACCUUGCAAGUCUGGGAUGGCAACCAAUGGCGACACAACGAACCCGAGCUGUCGGAGUUUGAAGUUCACCUGGAUGGUCUUGGAGGGGGUGGCUGGCAGCGAAGGCCUGCGCAGCCUGGCUCCAUGUGGCGCGUGGAGAAUGCGGAAUACGUCCCGCAAGGCUGGGCGGUCUAUGAAGUGGAGUUCUACGAAAGUGCAGAUUGUGUGAAUGGCAAGCUGAUGGGAGAAGUAGUUGCAAGUGGUUAUGCACCUCCUUUGGAGCAGAGAGGGCCAGGGCGUGCGGUAGACGGUAAUGCCACAACGAUUUGGAUGUCGCAGUGUUGCCCCAUGGAUUCAACUGACCGACCUCUGGGCUUCGAGUUGGUCCGUCCGGAAGUCGGUUGUGAUGUGGGUGACGCAUGGGUGGGUUUAGAUCUUGGAGCGACCACUUCUGUGCAAAAUGUCCGGUGCCUCCGAAUAUUUCAAGCUGGCUAUGAGCUGAUGCAAAGCUCGUCUGCCUACGUCUCAAAAUGGGACGGCUCCAGCUGGGUUCAUUCUUGGCGCAUGGAUGGCCUGGGAGGCAGUGCUUGGAACAGGAGGCCAGCAGCUGGCAACACUAUGUGGCGCCUUCUCUAUGUGUCCAGAAAGAACGAUCGAUGUCCAGCACAGUUGGCCCGCCUUGUGGAGCGACCAUGGGGUGUGGCGGACUUGAAAUUUUUCAGUGAUGAUGAUUGCGAAGUUAUGGUGCCUGACGGGGUUCCAAUUACCUCUGGCGGCUUUGACAGCUAUCAGAGAUCAGCAGUGGACCAGCCAUCGUAUGAAACAAGCCGGAUGGUUGACGACGACCUUCUCACAACCUGGGCGGCCAACUGCAGAACAGGUUUUGAUUUCGUUGACACCGAGCUCACAAACUGCACGGAUGCCUGGGUUGGCAUGCAAUGGCCCGCAGCGCAUGAGAUCCGAUGUGUUUCUUUAGUGCAGUCACGCUGGGAGUCAGCAAGAUGCUGUGACGCAGCAGAUGGGCUCAUGCUGCAGCGCUGGAAUGGCUCGGAGUGGGUCGAAGCUUCCUGGUUUCGUGAUCCUCCACAAGCUGCAGUUCAAUCAGAAACCAACACACGUCUGCCAGCACAUUUGGGCGCUGAGUUCCGGAAUGUUGGGGAAUGCCCUUCCAGAGUGAGCGAGAAGCGCAUGUUUGAAGAGACCAUCGUCGAAACGCGCACUCGCAGGGACAGUGAGAAGUGCAUCGUGCAACUAACUGGUGCAGUGACUUUGCUGGCCGAGCCUUACUGCAUCAAGCAUCCCCAGUGCGUGACUGUAUUCGGGGCUGCAGGAACUUGCUGCCCCAUAGGUGAUCUCAUUGCAAGUGAAAGCCGCUGCUGUUGCAGCUUCUUGAGCUCCGAGCCGAUCUUUGCUGAUGAAAUCGAUUUCAGUGAUCCUCGCGAGAAGUUCAGCUUUGAGUUUGCCACGAUAUGGAUGUCCAACAUCCUGCCUUGGAUCGGGCUUGCACUCACGAUUGCCUUGUACCUUGCUGCUAUCCUUCUGCCAGCCGACAUGGAGGAGCGGGCCAGAAACUGGAUCAAGAUCGACAUCGGAGGAAGCUCGAAGUCGGAACGGAGGCGCCUGUUCUGGAAGCGAGUUGUGGUGAUCGCAGCUUGGCCCUUGCUAUCCUGGCGGACUUUCUUGGCAAGUAGCACUACCCAGACCAGCAAGAUUGUAAGAUGGUUCAUUUUACCAGACGGCCGGCUGCCAAAGCCGCUGGAACUGUACCGAUCCUUGCUGUUUCUGGUUUUCGGGGCACUGCUGAGUGGCAUGGCGCCUUGGCUCUUGAUGGGGGCAAUCUUCGGAGAAAUGAUGAUCUGGGCGGCACUGCAGCUUUGUCAAGUGAUCCGCUACUUCCAAUCGCCUUUUGAUCCGCUUGACCUCAGAGACAUGCAGUUGCGCCAGGAAAUAUCCAAGGUCAUGGUCACUAGUGACGCAACAAUGGACACAGCAUAUGACAUUGCAGCCGGGGUCGCUACAACUUGUGUGUUCGGCCUUGCCUACUUCGGCAAGUUCAUCUUCGACCUUCUCAUUGUUCGAGCGCAGAUGCUGUCGUUUGAGGCCAUUGAGAACAUCGAAGCCGACCGAGUCGUAGAGUUGUUCCCCGGACUUCUGGAAUCACUGCAGGAACCGGCGAUGCUAAUUUACGAAAUUCUUUUUUGGGCUAGCCAGCUUAUCUCUCUGCUUCUUGGCAACUUGGUUGGCAUACCGCUUUGUGAAGGCUCCACGGCGCUGGUGGGGUCAGUUGCGCUGGUCAUGAUCCUUUAUGGUGCCUCCCAGUGGCUAAACUACGAUCUCUUCGGCCUCUUUGUCGCAGCCCGGCAGGUCGUCAAGGCGACUCGGCCAGAGUGCCAGCGGAUCAUGGCCCAAUCUCUCAUCUUGCUCUGCCUGGGAGCUUCGUUCGCGGCCGUGCAGAUGACCAUGGUCCUGUUCACCCGCGCCCUUGCCUUUGCGAACCCCUUUGUAGAAUCCUCCUGGGUCUGUGGAUACGAUGACACCCUUGCCAUCUUUGUAGGCCGUGUGCUGCUCUCGGGUUCUUCUAUCGUUGGUUUGAUCUUCGUCUUCCUCUGCGUGAACGGGCAUUUCGUUGGCCAGGACUACAUCACCGAGCGAGUCGCCCGAUUCCUCGGGAUAGAUCUGGCUGCGCUAGAUCCCGAUGGGACUGGCGAAGAAGGGGGAAUGUUUCGCUUUGAUGUCUUCGGCGCCGCCCUGCCGACCUUGUUCGGAGUCUGGUGGGAUCCGUGGAACAUUGAUGCAUACUUGGUGCGAGAACGCGCUCAUGUGUACUCCAUGGAGCUUCGUGAUCCUCAGGCCUGCAAGGUCUGCGACAAGAUCCAUGUGAAGUAUGAGCUGAUGAUGACAGCGACAGGACGCACCGUUAGUGCAGCUGUGCAAAUCGUUCCGUAUGGAGCUGUCGUGGCCAAAGCAUGCGAGUACCUGAACGACCCACCUUUGAUCUACAUUGGGAACAAGAUGUCUUGUUUGAAGAUCCGCAAGCUAGAACGAUAUGCUGCGCGUGGCUCCAAGAACCUGAUCAUCAAAGGGUAUUUGCUUCUGGCGGAGGCGCUGACAUAUUCGAUUGAGUAUGGUGUUCCGCUCUUGCGCCGCGUGACCAGCGUCACGACUUUGGUGUAUCUAAUGCUGGGGACCUUUACCCUCACAGAGCAGAACUUGGUUGACCAGGGCACCAGGGUCAUUCUGGCAGGUUUCACCCUGUCUUUUGUGAAGGCGUCCCUGGAGAAGCUGGUGCCGUCAGCGCUGAGUUAUGGCCUAGGCGGUGUCUACUUCGCCCUCAGCCGAGCCGAAGGGAUCGUGACCCGUGAACACGAGGUACCACGAACGAUCACAGGGCAAAUGCUGUCUGGAGCUGCGGCGUCAACACUUAUUGCUGGAAGUGUUCUUGCCGCCGGUUGGGGCUCAGCAGCUUACGCAGUGAUUUUGGGCUCUUGUGUUGGGUAUGUCUUCAGUCUUUUGACACUGUUCGUCAACGUCAUACUGGAGCGACCAUCUCCAGAUAUCGAUGACCCACCCUCAAGAAGCAUGUUUCAGCUACUCAUGAAGCUGCUGUACUCCCUGAUCUCGGGUGGAGCGCUGGGAGUUUUAGCAAUCUACGCUGGCGAGGCUGGCUUAGCGGCCGAAGCCGGGGUGGAGGACGCCUACGAGUUCCAGAACAGCUUGGGAAGCCGCUGGGGUUUUCGCGGAAGCGUGGGGCUUGGUGUCUUUGCCGUUGCGAUCCAACUCAUCACUUUCCGAUUGGUCCUUGUCGAGAACUUGCCUCCCGUUAUCAAGCAGAGUGUAGAUCCGCCAUAUAAUUGGAGAGACUCUCCCACGUGGAUAGUUCUCAGGACGAUUCAGUUCUUUCCCGGCCUCACUGCUAUCCCCACGUGCACUUUGGUGUCAGUUGUGCUGCGCGACUUUCUUCAGUCUGGCCUCCCUUCGUUGAGUGCCAUAGAAACUCAGUUUGUGGUGACUGGAUCAGGGAUUGUUCUGGCAAAUGUGUCUGCAUUGACGGUACACAGGUUGCUCGGUAGCCCUCCCCAACUUCUAGGCUUCUUUUCUUGCAUCCUGGCUGCUUGCCUUCUGUGUCCUUGGAACAUGCUCUUCGGUGCCUUCACUGCAGUAUGGAUCGGUGUGGCUGUCGGGAGUAUUCUGGAAGAAGUGGUGUUACGCCGAGCUUUGCAGAAGGAGAUCAGAAGACGAGAGGCGAUGGGCGAAGAUGACAUGGAGUUCUUCGAUCAGAAACGUGCAGCCUGUAUGGAAGAAUGGGCGCAGUUUGAAGAAGAAGAGCCGCCACAAGCGCUUCCUGAGCCCGACCGUCAGGACAAGCUGAACAGGUAUCUGCAAAUUGCUGCUGCAGGUGGAAGUGCCAUUGAAUAUGCGAAAGAAGUCGCAGCUGCCCAAGAGCAAGAAGCAUUGGAGCCCGGCGAAUUUGCGUCUGAUGCCGAUCUAGCAGAGCUCGACCGUCCUGGGAGUCAUGACAGCAACCUCCUGCAGAUAGAAGAGCGUUCAAUCUCAGGUCGAGGAACUACAAAGGGCUCAGAGCCACUCCCGCAAUGGGAUGCAACCACAACACCGAUGUUGGCGGACGACGAGGAAUCUGUUCACCAGGCUUUCUCCAAGGGUCAGGAGAUUGCUGAGGAGGAGGCUCAUCAUGCUGAUGUGGAUUCGGCCGCCAUGCAUGCUCUUCGAAACGUGGAAGACGCAGAGCAGCCCGACGUGCCGGACACGAGCAUGCCAGAGCCGCUUGAAGAGAGUGGCCCAGAGCACGACCGCGUCCAGGAAAGCAUCAUGGAUGCGGCAGGUUCAAAGGAAGAGAUGCAGGAGCCGCCGCGAGGCGGUGAAGUCGGCCCGUUGACGGAAGAGGACCAGGCCUCUGAGCUGCCAAUGCAGCUGGCAUUGACCAGUCCUGGAUUGCAACGCGCGCAUCGUGACUUCUCGACGCCGCAACCGUCCAGCCGAGCCCGCACGGUGAUGCUCGAGGACGGCUUUGAUUUCAGCCGAGAGAUGGUCGAUACUGAUGAGAUACUUACAGCAAGUCGCGGCCCUUCAAAGGCAACAUCCAUGAGAUCAGUAACGACGAUAGCCACACAGCCGAGACCACAGCCCAAGAGUGCAGCUCCGACUUCUCCAGUUGGCAUGGACAUCAACCCAGGCCUCAGAAGCCUGCGUCCUCAGCAACAAGACCUUUGGACCAGGACCCACGGCCCGCGACCGCCACCGACUUCUCCGUCGUUGAGAGACAUGGCGCACCAAGCCCAGUCCAGCUACCAGUCAAAGGCAGCCAUGGCACGCAGGUCACCAAAAAAGUGA